AUGCAAUCUAUAAACGACAUAAAAAAUAUUAUUGGUCCAAUAAAAAAAUAUUAUGAAGAUUUUGAUUCAAUUGAACAAGAUAUUCGGUCAAUUCUUUCUAAAUAUCCUAAAUUCAGAUUUGGUACAUUAACAUCAAGGAUUAGUGGAAACCAAUUAUUAGUCUUAACUGGUUUUCUCCCAAUUUUAUUUAAUGGAAAAAAAUUUGGUAUUCCUUUAUUAAUUGGAUUUACUUAUGAAUAUCCGAUUUCAGCACCUGAAAUGAUUUGUAAUAUUAGUGAAGGAAUGGAAAUUGUUAAAAACCAUCCUGAAGUAGAUGAAAAUGGUAUUAUUAGGAAAGUUAGUAAUGAGUGGAAUCCUUCAAGUGAUCUUUUAAUGGUAUUAGAUAGUUUAGCUAAAUCAUUUGGUACAAUUCCUCCAGUUAGACAAACACAAAAUAAUCUUGUAACUAAUACUCAAAGAUAUCCUAUUACUACUUCAACAAAUUCAAUUCAACCUAAUCUAUAUAAUAAUUUUAUAAAACCUUGUUCAUUAACACCGUCUCAAAUUUUUAAUUCAAGUUAUUCAAACUCUCCUUAUUGCCAACCAAGAAAUAUCCCCCUCCAACCACAACACCAGUACCAAUCCAAUUCUUCUUAUCAACAACCUGUAACAAAUAAACUUCCUUACUCACAAGAAAUGCAUUCAUUUAAUCCUUCAUUACAGUCGUCGUCUAGUUAUGACUACCAAAAUCAUUUAACCCUAAUUAAUCCUUCUGUUCAACCUCAAUGUCAAUCAUUUAAUACAACUCCAAUCAAGUCAUCAGUACCUGCUGAAGUAGUUCAAAGCACUUCUUUUUCUUCAAUAAAUCCUCCUUUUUCUCCUUCUUUCUCAGACUCACAACAACCAAUAUAUUAUAGUUCAUUCUCAACAACAAGCCCAACUAAUCCAAUAACAGCAUACCCACUUCAAUCUCAAGAACAAAGGGUUCAAGUGAAUGGAUAUAUUAAGAAAACUGGAGAUGAUCCAUAUUUGGUUGAUUAUAACUCUAUCAGUAAACCAACCCCUUCACAAUUCGUUUCUAUGCCUAGCCACAGUAUGACUCAAUUAGAAGCAGACAAUAAACUAAACCCUAGUCAUUUAAAAAGUGAAGAAGAAACUAAUAGAUUAAUGAAAUACAAAGAUGACAAAAAGAAAGAAGAAGAUAACAAAAUAUUUCCUAACGAAGAAAAAGAAAGAAGAAAAAAAGAAAAUGAAAUUAUUCAGAAAGAAAAACUUCAAAACAAAAUCAAUAAAACAAAAAAAGCUAUUAAUGAGAUAAGUUGCUGGAUUGAAAAGAAUUCAUGUGAAAAUUUUGAACUACAACAAAUGUUAUUACAGAAAAUAACUGAUGAUGAACAAAACAGAAUGAAAUCAGUUUCACAAUGUAUUGCUAUAGAUGACUGUAUUGAAAUAUUAAGUGAUGCAACAAAAAAUAAAGUUAUAUCAAUUGAAGAUGCAUUAGAACAAUUAAAGAAAAUAACUUCAAUUCAAUUUCAUGCAAAAUAUUACGUAGCUAAAUAA